AUGAGUUGGCGAUCUCCUGAUAGAAAUCCAAAGAAAGCACAGAUACCAAAGUGCACACUCCGUGGUGAUGCACAAACAUUAAGAUUAUCCACAAGAGAUGAUCCAAAACCAAAAAAGGAAGUCGUUAUUCCGCCAGCUCAGUACGCUCCUCAAGGAUCAGUACUUGCAGCAGAAUAUGUAGACAAUUUAAAGAAACAACUAUACAUGCUUAACGCAGAAUUACGAUUUGCAAAAGAUAGAGCAGGAGUUGAUCUCCCACCAGGUCAAAUGUCCGUUGACUCAGCUAUUAGACGUCUUAGAAUGGCAUGUGCAAUGCAUGAAGAAGAAACAAAUAAGAAAAUUACCGAAUUACAAAACGAAACUAAUAAUAUUGCUCAAAAAGCAAGCGCAAUUAACCAAAAUCAAGCUCUUGAAGAGUUAGAAAUAGCAAAUGAACGUGAAUUGGAAGAAAUGAAAUCUCUUGAAGAAGCUUAUGUCGAAUUUUCAAAUGAUAUUCAUGUACAAAACUUCCAAAAAACACAAUACGAGAAAGCAAAAGGCUUCUUUGAGAAUCAAUUCAACGUUAUUCAACAAGGUUACGAGACACUUAAAUCUCAAAAUGAACAACAUUACCAAGAUUUACAAACUAUUGAUAAAAACAUCUACAAUCUUAAAAAGCAAAAGAAUGAACUUCUUAAGGGCAUAAAUGACAGUAUACGUGAAAAAAGAUUGCAAGAAGAAAAAGUAGAUUUUAUUGCAAUUAAUUCUAAGAAACCAAAAACCGGUCCUCCGAAUAUGACAAUUGCUGCUAUCAAUACUAAAAUAGCUAAAUUAGAAUAUGAACUUAAAGCAAUGCUUGAUCAGCGCAAGGAGAUGGAGCAUCAAGUUGAUGUUUUACUUGAGAAAAAUGUUCAGUUGAAAGCUGAAUAUAAUGACACAAAAGCAAGAUUAGAUGAAGCUCAUAGAAUCAAGGCAGAAACAGAAAAUAUGUUUACUGCUAAAUAUAAUAUCACAAAGAAGGCAAAUGAUGAACAGAGGCUUGAAUUGGAAGCUGUGAAGAAAAACAGAAAAGAAAUGAAGAUGGAAAUCCAAAAUCUUCUUAAGACGUAUUCCGAUCAGAUUUCACAAGUAAAUACAUUCCAAAAUACACAACAGAUGCUUACAGAAGUUAUUCAUUUUAAGAAGGAUUUCAUUGAUGAUAUAAACGCAGAGAAUGAACAGGCUAAAAUCGAAUUAAAUGCUAUAAUUGAUGAAAAUACAGAAUUAAGGAAGGAACUUAAUGAUGUUUCUCAUAAAUUAGCUGCAGCUUCUGAGAAACUCAGGAAUGCUCAAGUUAUUGCUGAAAUCAAUGAAAAAGACAAGAACUGUUCGCUUGAAAAUAUUCCACCAGAGCUGAACCAGUUAUUACAAUCUGUUGUAGCUGUUAAAGGUGCUAUUGUUUAA